CUACGCCGUUGGUUCGUACGGCUCCUCGGGUUUGUCGACGAGACGACGACGACGACGACGAUGACGAUGCGCGCGUUACUCGGCGUGAGCUGCGCAGUAUCUCACUGCGCACGGGGCUUGUUUUGCUCAGUCAAGGAGAGUACGAGAGUACGAGACGCGGCUACAGCACGGGCAUGGUUGAUGCUCUCGUGGUACGGCAUUGUAGUAAACAACUCGCGUUCGGUUUGCGUAUCAAUCGUUGAACAUCUCUGAAUCAAGGGUGAAUAACGGUGUUGUGAUUACAGGUCGAUAUUAGCCGGAAGUGAUAGGCGGUAAUAGUUUGUUUUUAGUGCUGUUGGUGGUCUUUAACCUCGACAAAGUGGUGCGUCUGGUGGUGGUGGUGGUGUAGUGGUGGUGUGGUGGUGGUGGUGGUGCUGCUGCUGCUGCUGCUGUUGGUACGUUCGAAAAAUGUUGCAGCACGGGUGGGCAAGUUUGGAACGCCACAAGAAAACUGAGCCAGUGAUCGCUAAAGUGGGGGGAUUGUGAAGAAGGAAAGAGGAGCAAGAAGAAGAAGAUAAUUAAAUAAAAUAAAAUAGAAGAAAAUCGAGCAGCGGAGGCAUAAAUAAAGUGAAUUAAAUGAACAAUUAAUUAAACGUUGAAGGAAAAAUUAACUGUCAAUUUCCAUCAUCAUCGUCUUGUGCUUCUUUGUCGUCGUAGUUGUGUUUUCUUGGUCUGACCGUGUCUGACUCUUUUUCUUCGUUUAUGUGGCGUGUGCGUGUGUGUGAGAGAGAGAGAGAGAGAGACGUGUCGAAGAAUUAACAUCGCUUUUUGGAAUUAAAUUACAUACCGUCACAUGACGCGUGUCGUCCGUAAACGUAAUAAUGUGAAAGUUAUUGAACCAAAGUUGACGUUAGUAAGUGUAUAACAAAUAACGAUUAACAACGAUUCGAAGAAUAAUUCGAUAAAAACUGUUGUAUAAAAAAGUAUAAAAAAUCACCUCGGAAUAAGGGUUGUAAGAGACGAAAUAAAGGGGUUGGGAUGGUGUACGUGUGUAAAACGACGAUAUUGUGAGAGAAGGAAAAAAGAAAAAAAAAAAGAUGCUGAAAACUAUCGAUAACAUUGUACGUGUAUGCGGUGUAAAGAAAUUGAAUAAAAGAAGAAAGAAAUGACGAGAGGAGGUGGCGGUGAAGGAGGAGGCGGAGUUGGAGAAAGGUAAAGAGGAAAUGAUUAUUAUAAAUUGAUAUUCGAUAUUUUCAUCGGCAAGAUAAUAAUAAUAAUAAUAACAAUAACGAUAAUGAUAAUAACAACGAUAAUAUAUCGUGCAUACAAUUAUCCACGUGAGCAAGGAAAAGAGAAAUAUUUUCACCCCCCCCUCACGUUUCACAACCGCCGUUGAAACUUCGGACGGUGAGCAAGAAAAUUAAUUAAACGAACUAAAGAAAUAAUAAUAAAAAAAAAAUAAAAAAUUCAUCGGUACGAUUUUUAACGCUGAAAGUUUCGAUUUACCGUUGUUGAUAAUUUUCGAAAAGAAGAGGAAAACGGCAGCAACGAAUCAAAUUAAAUUGAAAAAAAAAAAAAAACAAAAAACUUGACGAGGAUAAUACCAAAGUGUUUUUUUUUUUAUUUCUUCCGUUUUUAUUUUUAUUUUUUUUUAUUCUUCUUGCAAAAAUGUCUUUAACGCGCGAACAAUCUUACGCCGUUGGAUAACAGAUGGAAGCGUGUAAGUCGUUAUGUAAUGAAAGAGAUGUGAUAUUACAGAAGAAAAAAAAAAAAAAAAAUGAUAUAAACAAAUGGAAUAAAAAAAAAAUUUAAAAGAGAAAAGAGAAGAAAGAAAACAUUUUACAAAGCGAUGGACAAAUGUAAGAUUGGGUAAAAUAGUUGUAUAAAAAUCUGAUAACUGCACAGUGUAUACCUGAAAUUAUUAUAUUAUAAUAAUAAUAACAAUAAUAAUAAAAAUACAAAUAAAUAAAUCAGGAUGGGGAGAAGAACGGUGAAUAAUAUGAGGUGGAGAGAGCAUCAGCGAAACGAAGACGACGACGGCAGCGUCGCGACGCCAACGACGAAGACCGCGAACGAAUCGUCGACGUUGAUUUUGAACAGACUCUGUUACUCGUGCAGAAUUUGUCAGGCCGACGAGGCUGGGCGAGAUAAAAACGAAAAUACGGUGGAAUAUCGAUGCGAAAUAUGCGAACGUCUCCAGGGUAGCGUCGACGACGACGACGACGACGUCGACGAUUUGUCGACGGACGAGAAGGAGGAGGAGAAGAAGAAGAAGAAGGACGAGGAGGAUUAUCGCGGGAAACGGAGGAGCAGAUUAUUUUCACGGGGUUUUUUUAACGCCUCGUCAAAACUCGAACCACUAGCUAUGGACUGCGGUCGACGUCAAAGCGACGUCGGUCAGUGGCUGAGAUGCGCCUCGAGUGUCGUGCGAUGGCGUCGUUUCACGAAAUCGUUUAAGAAUUUUUUUAACGCUUCCUCAUCGUCGUCGACAUCGUCGUCAUCAUCGUCAUCGUCGUCGUCGUCGUCGUCAUCGUUAUCAUCGACGACGACGACACGUCGACCAAGUUGUUGCUCCUCAGCGUCCGUACUGUUCAGGAAUCUAUCGACGAUCAAUGUUUCUACGAUAUUUUUCAUCGUUCUAUUCAUCGCGAACUUAAAUUACGCAUCAACUACAAGUGCUCACGGUGUUUACGAUACCACGGACAAUCGAUAUUAUAAUUCUAACGGUCGUCAUACUCAACACUUCGAUCACGCCGUCAGGGAUAUUUCUUCGUCUUCUUCUGCUGCUGCUGCCGCUUCUUCUUCAUCUUCUUCUUCUUCUUCGUCUUCUUCUACUUCGUCUUCGGCGAAACGAACCGUCUGUCAGAGCGUCGACGUGAGAAAUAGCGUGAACCAAUUUUCGCGACUGGAAGGAUGUCGAGUGGUCGAGGGUUUCGUACAAAUACUCUUGAUCGAUCACGCGAACGACACGUCCUACGCAAACCUUACAUUUCCCGACCUCGUCGAAAUCACCGGCUACCUUCUGCUUUACAGAGUGAACGGUCUCCGAAGCGUUGGCCAUCUGUUUCCAAAUUUGACGGUAAUACGGGGCCAUUCGUUGUUCAUAAACUACGCCCUUGUCGCCUUCGAGAUGAUGCAUCUGCAGGAAAUCGGUCUUCACUCGCUGACGAAUAUCGGCCGCGGCAGCGUUAGAUUUGAAAAGAAUCCGGCACUCUGCUACGUUGAUACAAUCGACUGGGACCUCAUCAUCGGCGUUGGAAAGGGCGAACACGUCAUAUCGGGAAAUAAACCGAGGAACGGAUGUCCGGUUUGUGAGAAACACUGUCCGACACGAUCGACGAAAAAGGAUGAAACCUUGUGCUGGAACAGACAGUAUUGUCAACAUGUUUGCGACAAGUCUUGCGGAAUCUCUGCGUGCAACAACAGCAUGCCUGGGAAAUGCUGUCAUCCGUCUUGUCUUGGAAGCUGUACCGGAACGGGUUCUCAGGACUGUGCCGUGUGUCGAGAUGUGAUAGUCGAUGGAAAUCGUUGCGCUAACAGCUGUCCGGAAAACACAUAUAUGUUUUUGAACCGUCGCUGCGUACAGGAGAACGAAUGCAGGAAGAUGAAGAAGCCGCGUGAGGCGUUUGACAUAGUCAAGGAGCACCCGUACAAGCCGUUCAAUAAUACUUGUGUGAUCGAAUGCCCACCCGGCUACAUGGACGAGGAAGUGAACGGUAAAGCGACGUGCAAAAAGUGCGACGGAUUGUGUUUGAAGGAGUGCAGCGGGACGAAUGUCGACAGUAUUGCAUCGGCCCAAAAACUUCGCGGUUGUACUCACAUAACUGGCAGCUUGGAAAUACAGAUAAGAGGCGGUAAGAAUAUCGUCAAAGAAUUGGAGGACAGCUUGAGUAUGAUCGAGGAGAUUGACGGUUAUUUGAAAAUCGUUCGCAGUUUCCCACUGAUAUCUUUGAAUUUUUUGAAAAAUCUACACACCAUUCACGGCAAAGAACUAGAGAGCGGAAAGUACACCUUUGUCGUACUAGAUAAUCAAAAUCUUCAGGAACUAUGGGACAUGGAGUCUCACAAGUCGAUGAGAAUCCUUGCCAACAACGGACCUGUCAAAGUUUUCUUUCACUUUAAUCCAAAACUCUGCUUGGACACCAUCGAAAAGUUUCGCAAAGGCGCUGGCCUGCCUGAGUUCUCGGAUCUGGAGGUUGCCCCUAACAGCAACGGCGACAAGGUCGCCUGCAACGUUACCAAGCUUCACACUCGGGUUCAGAAGAAAACAUCGAACGCCGCGCUGAUUGCGUGGGAACCUUUUGACCACCACGAUCAGAGGUCACUCCUUGGGUAUGUUGUGUACUUUAUCGAGGCACCGAACAACGUCACCAUGUACGAUGGAAGGGAUGCCUGUGGCGGCGAUGGAUGGAGAGUAGACGACGUUUCGGCAGCUGAAAGUUCUGAUCGGACGAUCCAUCAAAAUGGAAGUGACAGCGAAACUACCGAAUAUUAUUCGCUGUUGACUCAGCUCAAACCUUACACGCAGUACGCGUUCUACGUUAAGACUUACACAAUUGCUACUGAGAGGUCUGGCGCGCAGAGCGACUUGCAUUACUUCACCACUGACCCGGACGCACCCAGCGUACCCAGGUCUCUUUACGCCUAUAGCAAUGCGAGCAACGAACUUGUCAUAACAUGGGAGCCACCGCUUCAUAAAAACGGAAAUCUUACCCACUACAGAAUUAUCGGGCGAUGGGAGAAGGAUGACAGAGCGUUUCUCGAUCAGCGAAAUUACUGUAACGAGCCCCUAAACUUUAGGGAGACGAAACCGAUGACAACGCCGGACGAGGCAGCGCAUCCUAAACCGACCGAAAAUAAGAGGCCAAGUUCGACAAAUCGAGAUGAGAUAGAAACUGACGAUUCAAAGUGCAAAUGUAUCGACGACAAGGAUCUCAGGGAAAAGGAGGUUUCGAGUUCUAUAGCGUUUGAGGACGCGCUGCACAACCAGGUAUACGUAAAGCGACCCUCAAGUGAUCGCAGGAGACGUGAUGUGAGUGAGAUAGUCAAGACGGCUAAAAUGUGGCAGGAACAAAAUGUCUCGUACUCAUAUCCUGAGGAUAAAGAUAACGCUUUGACGGAUGACAUGGUCAACGGUUCUAUCAGCUUAUUCAACAGGACUGUCUACGGGCAGACGAAUUAUGCUGUGAAAAAUCUGCGUCACUACGCUGUUUACACUAUCGAGGUACAGGCGUGCAGAGAACCAGUCCCUAACGAAAGCCAGAGCAACUACUGCUCGACGAAAAGUAUCAAAACGGCCAGAACUGAGCCGCUUAUAUCCGCCGACGACAUUCCGAACAAUACUUUCGACCUGGAAGUUAUAACCGGCAAUAACAGUCGCUCCAUGGUGAAACUGAGCUGGGAGGAGCCGCCCAAUCCGAACGGUUUGAUUGUCACGUAUCAGAUAGAGUACAAAAAGAUCGAUUUUCAAAACGUCAAGGCUAUGGUAAUUUGCAUACCUUGGCGAGAAUUCGUGGAUGACGGACGCGUUUACGUUUUGAAUGCAUUACCGCCUGGAAAUUACUCCCUGAGACUUCGAGCAACGAGUUUGUACGGAAAUGGUGCUUACACGGUGACGAAACACUUCUACAUCGAGGAACUGAACGCCGGAGGGUCCCAUCCAUACUUGUGGCCCCUCCUAAGUGUAUUUAUUCUGAGUAUUCUAAUUCUGGGCGGUGGAUACGCGUUGAAACGAAAGUUCAUGCCUAAUUCUUCGGAAAUGCGGCUUUUUGCGACCGUCAAUCCCGAGUAUGUUAGCACCGUCUACGUACCCGAUGAUUGGGAAGUUCCACGAAAGAAAAUAGAGUUGCUAAGGGAGCUGGGGAAUGGAUCCUUUGGCAUGGUGUACGAGGGCGUCGCCAAGGACGUUGUCAAGGGAAAACCGGAGGUCAAGUGUGCCGUCAAGACGGUCAAUGAAAACGCCACGGACAGAGAGCGUAUAGAGUUUCUCAACGAGGCUUCGGUCAUGAAGGCAUUCAACACUCAUCAUGUUGUGAGAUUGUUGGGCGUUGUAUCAGUCGGUCAACCGACACUUGUAGUUAUGGAGCUAAUGGUCAACGGAGACCUUAAAACCUAUCUGAGAAGCCACCGACCAGACGUGUGCGAAAACUUUUCCAAGCAGCCCCCGACUUUAAAGCGGAUAUUACAGAUGGCGAUCGAGAUCGCGGACGGAAUGUCUUAUUUGUCGGCAAAGAAAUUUGUCCACAGAGAUCUAGCGGCGAGAAAUUGCAUGGUCGCCGAAGAUAUGACCGUUAAGAUCGGCGACUUUGGUAUGACCAGAGACAUAUAUGAGACUGAUUACUACCGCAAAGGCACCAAAGGACUCUUACCGGUUAGAUGGAUGGCACCGGAAAGUUUGAAAGAUGGGGUUUUCACAAGCUACUCAGAUGUCUGGAGCUACGGUGUAGUUUUGUGGGAAAUGGUUACUCUCGCCUCGCAGCCUUACCAGGGUUUGUCCAAUGAUCAGGUUCUUCGCUACGUUAUCGACGGUGGCGUUAUGGAGCGGCCCGAAAAUUGUCCAGAUUCGCUGUACAACUUGAUGAGGCGAACGUGGAAUCACAAACCGAAUCAAAGACCGACGUUCAUUGACAUUGCUACCAUGCUCUUGACUGAGGUUAAUGUCGAGACGUUUGAAAGGGUCAGCUUUUACCACUCGCCCGAAGGAAUCGAAGCCAGGAAUCAGAACGCUUCUCAUUCGCCACAGACUGACAAGGAUUUGGAAAUGGAAACCCUGCGCAACCUGCAGGACGAAGAGGCGGACCAGGAGGGAAGUGAAGAGUCACCGUUGAGGGAGGACUUUGGAGAUUUUGCUAGCUUUGAACCGUCUGGUCCUAAUUCUAUAAAGAUUAGUUCAAAUCCUAUAUACGGUGCGACGACGCGUAACGAUAAUUCAAAGGUGUCGCCCAAUUUUCACGAAUUUAACUCGUCUAAGGUGCCGUUGAAGGCUGACUUCGAUGAUUUUGAGGGGGCCUCGAUGGAAUCGUUGAGAUCGAGCCGAGACACGUUGGAUUUACCGUUCGCCGAGGACAGUUUAAAGUCCGUAAAAAAUUCUCCCUUCGUCGACAAGAGAAACAAUUCGCGCGUCAAUUCGACCGGCGAUAAUUCCGUUUUAGGUAAAAACUCCAUUAAUCCCAAUAACGUUGUUAAGAGAAAUUUUUCGGAGAGUCCCAGAUUCUCUAAAAUAAAGAGCGAAGAUCCUGACUACGAGAACAAAUCCCCUGAGGUUUUUGUCACUUCUGGCGAUACGAUAAAGAACACUAAUGUUCAUCGCGUUGAAUUUCCGUCUAUAGACGGAAUUGAUGAUAAAAAUAUUAAUGACAAUGGAGGAAAUAAGUCCAAAGUUGAUUAUAAGAGUAAUAAUAAACAAGAAGGCUUAAAUAACGGUUAUAUUAGCGGUAAGACUACACAGUGUUAACAGAUCGCGGUACGGCGUUCCUUGGCUGAUUUUGUUUCAUACUUUUUUCGGGCAAAACAUAUUACGAAAAGAAAAACGAAAAAAGAAAAAAAAACAAUUUUUUUUUUUUUAAAACAACUGAUAGCGAAUGGCAAGAAAAAGAAUAUCUUUUCGUUAUUUUUACAAUGAAAUUCCGUUUUCUCGAACUGAUUAUCGCGCGUGUUUUGUUACCUCGCAGCCACGGUUACACGCGCGUAGAACCAGGACAUCUCAGGAUAAUUAAAUACAAAAUAUUAAAAUAAAUGAAUUAACAAUUUUUUUUCUUAAAAUAAUUAAUAAUGAAAACGUAAUACAAAGAAACUGACAUGUGCGAGCUCUUGAAAUUGAGCUUGCUACGACGUCGCUGUAGUUUCGAACGAUCUUCUGCGAGAUAUGCAAGAAAGAAAAAGAAAAACUAGAAAAAGAUGAAGACAAAAAAAUUUGUAACAAUAAUAAUAAUUUUCCUUUGGUAUUUUGCUCUUGUUUUGUUUAAUUGUAAAUUUUCUCAAUUAAUAAUAAGCUGUAUCCAAAUAUAAUCUAAAUUAUUAUUCAGUAAUACAGUAAGCGAUUAGGAAAAAAGAACGUUAGGGCAAAAAGAAAUGUUACUAAUAUUAACAGUAAUAAUAAUGAUAAUUAUAUUAACGAUAAUAAUAAUAAUAAUAAUAUUGAUAAUGAUAACAACAUGAAUAAUAUUUUUUAGUGUAAUGAAUUUAAAGUUAUUGUAAACUCUUUCUCGCGUAUGGAUAUCCUAAUAUUAAAUUUAAUUCCUAAGAAUGCGUAACUAGAUCGUUCGAAUACUACCAGAGACGUAAAUUAAGUUUUGGGGCAACUCGAGCGGUAAAAAGUAAGUUAUGAUUGCCCUGGUGCCCUUUUUUUUUUUCGUUAGUUGGGAAAAUAAUUUUACAUUUUUGUUUCUAAGAGAGAUUGAGAAACUAAGAAAAAGAGUAAUAUCACGGCCGAUCCUUCGAUUGUUCGCUGUUCCAUUCAACGUCUAGCAACGAGCGACAAAGCAUUUUCAACUUUAUAUAAUAAAAAAAAAAAAAAAAAAAUAAAUAAAAAAAAAACUGUCUUGGAAUAGAGCAAAAGAGUGAAAGGGAGAGACAGAGAGAGAAAGAGACCGAAAUUAUGAAAGACCGAAGGAGAGGCAUGCGGAUAGAAAAAGAGGUAUAGAGAAAACUUGCAAAGAUUCCGUUGAUGAUAAGAUUAGUUUGUGGGGUACAGUUUUUUUCUGUUACAAAUUUUCCCCUUCGUUAUUCUUCGCCCGAUCCUUUGAUUUUCCUUAGCAACUAAAGAAUGCAAGAAAAAAAGAUGAAGAAAAAAAAGAAAUAGAGGAAGAUCGUUGUUUCGUUGACCAAAAUAUUAAUGGCAGCAUCAUUAGUCGCAUAUACAUAUAGAGAUGAAAAAUAAUCGAGUGUGACGGUCAAGUGGAUGUUAAAUUUCGCUCUAAAAGUCAAACCCUUUGUUAUAUUAUAAGUACAGAGACUUUAACGUUUUAUCGAUGACGUGAAAUAAUUUUUACCAAAAAUUACUAACUGAUUCCCUGUCACGAAUUUUGAAAUAAUACAAACCUAAGUUGAAAAUGAAAUUGUAAGAAAAAACAAGCCGAAAACUUGAUUGUCACUCUUCGAUAUGUUGUUACACCGUUAGGUACAAUAGUUUAUAGACUCUAAUGGUUAUUAGUAUGAUGACAAGUAUCAAAUCAGGAUUGUUCAGAAUAUGUUUUAGUUAUUUAUUUUCAUUCCAUCGAUUUUAAACUCGCACUGACAAUAGUAGACGUUGAAAUUAUAAAUCAUUUUUCGGCAACGAUUAAUAGUCUACUAGUAAGACUGAAGAGUUUUUAUAUAUCACGAUGAAAAAUUUCAAUUCACGGCUUUUACAAACCCAAUUAUUCGUCAGUUAUUAACAAAAAUCCACCUGUCCUUAGCUAUCAAUUGUUCUCAGUAUUUUCAUUUAUUUAUUUUAUUUCUUUCUCCUCAUCUACUGCGUUAGGUCUCGAAUAACUUUACCCACGUGGAAUAAUAUUUGCUUUAACAUGAUUGAAUUGAAAUUCAAUCAAUUUCCACUGUACGGUUUGAGAGUUACUUUUCAAAAUGAAAAGAAUGAAUAGAAAAAAUAGAUAAAUAAAUAACAUAAACAAAUAGACAAUAGAAUUAUUAAGAUAUCAAAGAUUUUAUUUAUUACAUAUAACUUGUAUUAAUUUAUAAUAUUACUAUUACUAUACAUAACAUAAAUAGGUUUAUACACCAUACUCGCAUUGUACUGAACAAAUGUGAGGGUUGUAUCAUCUUUCUCGCCCUCGGUUACAAGAGAACGCAUAUUGUUCACUAAAAUUGACAGACUUGUAACACGUGGUCGUUGUCACUGAACGUUCAGUAAGAUUCGCAAAAACAAAAAAAAAAAAAAAAACCUGUAUCGACUGUCAUUAACAGAUUAUUAGACUUAACACGAAGUAGCUCUCAAACUGUUUUGUUCGAGUUGAAUGAUAGUUGAAUUACUAAAUUUUUCUGAACCUUCCUGCAUUCAAUGUCGUUACCGACGAGAGAACCGGAGACUGUCAUAGCCCAAUGAGAGCCAAGAUUGACGUCAGGAAUGAGAUAUUAAAAGAUGUUUGCGAGGACAAGAUAUUUGUAACACAAUAAUUUCUAUUGAAAAAGAAUCUUGGAAGUACAAGAAGAAAUGGCAAAAAAAAAGUGAAAAAAAAAAAAAAAACGUUAGGGAACGAAAAAUCGACCAAUCGGAAAACGGUCACCGUUAGGAAAGAGUUAUCUGGCUAAAACUGCGAGACUACUAUUUCUACAUUCUAACUCGAAUGGAAACACGGAAUAUAUAAACGAAAAAAAAGAAAACUAAAACAUUUUUCCGAUAUUUCGCUAACACGCUUACACUUACGGAGUAAUGAAGAAUACUGAAAGCAGAGAGGGAAUUACGCAACAAAAAAAAAAAAAAAAAAAAAAAGGAGGAAAGAAAGCAAAAAAGGAAUAAUAAUAAUGAUCGAAAUAACAAAAAUAACAAUAAGACUAAUGAUAAUAAUAAUAAUAGUAGUGUAGUCAUAAUAAUUAUUAUGAAGAAGUGUAGAAUUAUAGAAAAGUUGAACGACGAAAUCCCUACGACGAAAAAACAUGUGUGUGUGUGUGUAUAUAUAUAUAUAUAUAUAUAUAAACAUGCAUACAUACAUAUUAUAUAUUGUAUACAGUGAAUGCACGUACGCGUAUAUGUAUAUGCGAGUGUAUAAUAUUCUUCUUUUCAGUCAUACAGAGAGACAUACACAUAUACGCUUACGCAAAGAGAUAAACGCAAUACAGCCGAAACUAGACAUACAUAAACACACACGUAUAUUUAUACAUAUAUACAUAUAUAUAUAUAUAUAUAUAUCUACAUACAUACAUACAUAAAUAAGUAUACAUAUAUAUAUAUAUAUAUAUAUAUUUAUAUAUAACGAGCCUCAAAUACAAGACUGAUUAGCUAUCCCCUCCCCCCAACCCUCGAACGAUCCCAUAAUCUCCCAGUAAGUUAUAUAAAAGAUAAUACAGAACAAUUGAUGGUAGAAGUUCCAUGUUAUAUUCUCACGCUCGCAGUCCAUUUUUCAUUACUUCUCCCCCCCUCCUUCUUCCUCUAAUAUUUGUUCCAUUUUUGUUUUAAAUUUUUUUUUUCCACGUCUUUCCUUUUUUCGUUUCCUUUGUUCACUUCGCAACAUACCCGCUUACGGAAUAAUAAUAAUAAUAAUGAUGAUAAUGAUAAUAAUAAUGAUAAUGAUAACAACAACAACAAUAAUAAUAGUAAUAAUAAUGAUAAUGAUAAUAAUAAUAACAACAACAACAAUUAUAACAAUAAAUCAUAAGAAGUAUAAUAAUAAUUAUUAUUAGUCUUAGCUUUAAUUAAUAGUUUCUAGUUUUCUAGGCUUUAGUCUAUACACAUAUAUACAUAUGAUGAAUACAACAAACGUAGUUACAUACCUACAUGUAUAGUGUAAUAGUAAUGACGAUAACGAUAACGUCAAAGUACCAGUGACCUAAUAGAAAGUACCUAUUUUAUUUGUAACGCUUUACAUAUUUUAUAUAUGUACAUAUACAUAUUUAUAUAUAUAUGCAUAUAAAUAUAUAUAUAUAUAUGUACAUAUAUUUAUAUUUAUAUGCAUAUAUAUGUGUACAAAAGUGUAUAUGCAUAUAAAUUACAUUAUAUUAUAAUUAUAUAAUAUUAAUAUUAUACAUACAAUUAAAAUACACUAAAUUAGUGGAAGUUGUGUAAAGCUUUGUCUUAUAUACAUACAUACACACAUACAUACACACACAUAUAUACAUUAUAUUGUAUAAUAUUAAAGAACUACGAUGAUUCGAUUAUUAGUAAAGGCAACUUGACGCGCGAAAGAGAUGAUGGCAAAUUGAGGAGGUUCGAGUAAAAGGAAAAAAAAAAAAAAAAAAAUCUAUGCAAACGUCUCUCUACGCAAGUAGGUAAUUAGAUCGUUGAUACCUCUUGCGGUGCGCGAGGGAAGUAUAUGAAACUGACGGUCACGAUCUUUUUCGUUUACUCGGAGACGUGACGCGCGCUUCAACUUCCGCGAUUGUUGAAACACAUUUUUCGCCGUGUCGUACAGAACCGACAAAUACAUGAAAAAAUGAAAGAGCUGCAAAA